GAGAUCCAGAUCCACCUAGAGCUGAUACGAUGUGAUACAGAGACAGAUUGAUGGCGCUCGUAGCCUCGUUUUUUAAAUCCCACUUUGGGAAAUGAGAGAGCCUUUCUCGGAACGAUCAGGAUAUGAGGUAGCCUGUAGGUAAUGCAAGAUAUCACUGACAGAUGGCGUACGGUGGUAACUCACAUACAAGUACAUAUACUUGCAUCAAUAAACCUGACACCCCUUGUCUGUGGAGUUCUAGUACAGGUUGGACCGCUGGGAUGGUACGGCAGACAAACUACCGCCAAGCCAUUCAGACGCACACCAUUGGGCUGCUUGGGUGGUUCCUGGUAUUACGGAAUAGGAUUCCUGGGGAUACUACUCGUCCUUAACCGAACAGGUCUGCAUGAGACUAACAUAGUACCUAAAGUCGAAUGACGAUUAGCAUCAAACCACAUAUACGUAGCGCAAAUAUUUUAUAAAAGCUAAAAUCGUGGGUAGGGCCGCGAGGUUCUCUAGUAUUAGCC